UUCCCCUCUCCUUCUACCGACUCUCCUUCCUCCUAUUCUGAUUUUCUUUUCCCUUUAAAUUAUCACCACUUCCCUUGUCUUUUCUCAACUUAUAAACCUGCAAUUUUUAAAUGGCUUCUCCUCGAUCUAAGGCCAAAGUUUUACAUCAUCCUCAUUUUUUCAAGAUAAUUCUUCAUGCAACUCUUGAAGACCAGAAACUAAUGAUUCCCAAGAAGUUCAUCACUGACUAUGGAAAGUUCCUUUCGAAUCCCAUUUGCCUUAAGACUCCCGACGGCUUGGAAUGGAAGGUGGAAUCCACGACAACACCAAACGGCACCGUUUGGCUUCAAAAUGGGUGGCAAGAAUUUUCAAAUCAUUACGGUUUGAAAUCUGGCUCACUUUUGGUUUUUAGACUUGAUGGAAACUCUACAUUUCAUACUCUUAUUUUCAACCAAAAUUGUUCUGAAAUUCAAUAUUCUUCCAACUAUAUUGGACAUGUAGAAUCCAACCAAGAAGAAUACACUACUAGACCCCAAACAGAAGAGACUGAAGCAAAACCUGAAAAAAUUGGUUUUAAAAUUGUUGUGAAGAAAUCGUAUAUCGAAGGUCGCUAUAACAUGCUUCUUCCUAAAUAUUUUGCGAGGAGACAUUUGAAUGAAGAGUUCGGAAAGAUAGAAAUUGAAAAUUCAGAUGGUAUGGGUUGGCCAAUGAUUUACAAAUGGAGCCAAAGCCGUAAAGUGGGGUUUGCUUACAUUUCUAGUGGUUGGAAAGCUUUUGCAAAAGAAAAUCACUUAAAAGAAGGACAUAUUUUGUCCUUUCAAUUGAUAAAAAAGGGCCAUUUUUUGUUCACUUUAGAAGGGAUUAUUUCUCCACCUUCACCCAUUUUAGCAAAUAACAAAAAUGUGGAAUCUACGACUCCCAAUUAUGAUCACUUCUUCAAAGUCAAUAUUCACAUGAAAAGCUACAAGAACUGUGUUUUGAACAUUCCUCUGACAUUUGCUCACAAUCACCUUUCUUCAACAAUGCAUACUGCAAAACUUAUGGUGGGGAAGAAGCAAUGGAAUGUGAAGUUGAAACACUAUGAAAGAUGCAUCAGAUUCUCAGGUGGUUGGGCAGAAUUUUUUAAGCAAAAUGAUUUAAAACCUGGAGAUUCUUGCUUGUUUAAGUUGCUCACCAAGAAUGAAUCUUAUUGUGUUUUUAAAGUUAAGAUUUUUUCAAAAAACCUAAACCUAUCUGAUCAAUGAAUUGUAGUGGAUGACCUUAAGUAUCCUUUUUAGAAUUUGAAUUUCUUUUCAUUUUGUAAAGUGCAAAACUGAAGCUUGUCAGAGCAGUGUUAUAUUGAUAUUAAAUUAAUUAUUAUUCAUGAGUUGGAUUAUUGA